AAUUAUCUUUCAAUGUUCAAAAUAUAUGGAACAGUAUGAUACUUUUUAUUAGGUUUUAAAGCAAACAAUGAGUUACGAAGGGUUAUAAAGGUUACGAGGGUCGCUGACUCUCAACUCGAAAAACUACGUAUGUGUGGUAUGCGGGUACAAGUGGUACAAGUCGAACGGGCUCUGGAAAAUUCCAAAACAAACCCAAAGUGCGCGGGAAAAUAGUGGCGGCGGGAACUUGGGUACCCGUUUGCUUUUAUAACGCGAGUACGUGUCUUUCCUGAAGUUGUUUCAACCCCGCGAUGGCUGCGACGGUGGAGCCAGCGAAGAUUCGGCGCUUGGACGAGACCGUCACGAACCGAAUAGCCGCAGGUGAGGUCAUACAACGACCGGCGAACGCGCUGAAAGAGAUGCUGGAGAACAGCAUCGACGCACGAGCUACUAACAUCCAGGUCGUGGCGAAGGCCGGCGGUCUCAAACUGCUCCAGAUACAAGACAAUGGUUGCGGCAUCCGCAAGGAAGACCUAGACAUCGUUUGCGAACGCUUCACUACGAGCAAGCUGGUCAAAUUCGAAGACUUGGCCACCAUCUCGACGUACGGGUUCAGGGGCGAAGCGCUCGCAAGCAUCAGCUACGUCGCGCACGUCACCAUAACCACGAAGACUGCAGAUUCCCAGUGUGCUUUCAAGGUGUCGUACCGCAGCGGCAAGCCCACCGGACCGCCCAAGCCGUGCGCCGGAAACCAGGGCACGCAGAUCGUCGUCGAAGACCUGUUCUACAACGUUCCGACUCGCAAGAACGCCUUCAAGAGCCCCGCGGAGGAGUAUGGCCGCCUUGUGGACGUUGUGAGUCGGUACGCCGUCCACAACGCGGGCGUCGGGUUCUCGAUCAAGAAAGCUGAAGAGUCGGCGACGGACGUGCGGACUACGGUGGACGACGACACGCUGCAGAGCAUCGCUACGAUCUACGGCAAGACGGUCAGUCGGGACCUCCUGCCGGUCGAGUGCGACAACCCGGACCUCAAGUUCCGACUCAAGGGAUUCGUGUCGAACGCCAACUGUUCGUACAAAAAGUGCACUCUACUUUUGUUCAUCAAUCACCGCCUCGUCGAGAGCAGUUCGCUCCGGAAGGCCAUAGAGUCCAUCUACGCUUCAUACCUGCCGAAAAACGCGCACCCCUGGCUCUACCUGUCGCUGGAGAUCCACCCGGCCAACGUGGACGUCAACGUGCAUCCGACCAAGAAAGAAGUCCACUUUCUGCAUGAGGACCUGAUCCUCGAAGCCGUCCAGAAAGCCGUAGACGGUGCCCUGCUUGCGUGCAAUUCGUCCAGGACGUACCUCACGCAGAGCCGUCUGCCGCAGAUCAACGUUACCAGCAAGGCAUCUGUCGCCGCCAAGAAAGCAGACGUAUCGGCACCGGUUGUGGACGAGCGCCAUCUUGUGCGCACCGACUCCCACCUCCAGAAGUUGGACACCUUCCUCACAACCGCCAGGCCCUCCACUUCUGCAUUGGGCACUCCAGAGAACGCCACUAGCAGCCAGUCAAAGGUUGCGGAAGAACAGCCACGCAUCAAGCUGCAGAGCGUGCAGGCACUAUGGAACCAGGUCAUGGCCAAGAGUCACCAGGGACUGCAUGACCUGUUCCGCAACCACACCUUUGUAGGCUGUGUCAACCAGCGCUUCUCCCUGGUCCAGCACCAGACAGAGCUCUACCUGGUCAACACACGGAAGGUCACUGAAGAGCUCUUCUACCAGAUCAUGCUGAAGAACUUCGGGAACUUUUCGGCGUUCAAGUUGUCUGAGCCAGCCCCCACCUACGACCUCGCAAUGCACGCACUCGACAUGGAGGAAUGUGGCUGGACAGAAGCAGACGGACCCAAGGAGGAAAUGGCACGAUACAUGGAGACCUUCCUCACAUCCAAGUCUGAGAUGCUGGACGACUACUUUUCGAUGGAGAUUGGAGCGUCCGGGGAGAUCCUAUCCAUACCGGUUCUUCUGGAUGGUCACACCCCUCCUGUAGAGGGGUUACCUAUGUAUGUUCUUCGCCUUGCGACGGAAGUCGAAUGGGAUUCAGAGAAGGAGUGCUUUGACACCUUCUGCAGGGAGACAGCAAGGUUCUAUGCUGGCCCACGCUGCGACGAGGGCACGGAACAAGAAGUUCGCGAGGGACAUUGGAAGUGGGUGACGGAACAUGUUGUCUUCCCGGCCAUCAGGUCGAGUUUGAGGUUGCCCGAGGAGUUCGCAGAGAACUCGUGUGUUCUUCAGGUGGCUAGCUUGCCAAACUUGUACAAGGUUUUCGAGAGGUGUUGAUGCGACCACCCACAUGCAGCUUGGUGGCAUCAGGAUGUCACUGUACAGAGUUCUGUUCUCAUAGCAAUCUCUUGUGUAAAGAUGCACUUUUGUGUGAAGUAUAAAGAGAACUAAUUAACUUG